AUGUCUCUGCCUAGACCGUUUGAUCAAUUGAAAGAUACUCUUAGAUAUGGCUCAGGAAGAACGACUCUUACUCUAGAUGAAGUCGUUUCUGCUAUAUAUUCUAAGGAGCUGGAGCUUGGGUCAAAUAAGAAGAGUAUCAAAGGUCAAGCUGAGGGUCUUUAUGUUAAAGACAAAGGUGAAUCAAGAGGAAGGUCUGAGCGCAGAGAAAAGGGAAAAUCUGUUCGAGCCAGAUCCAAGUCUAAGAGUAAACGAGGAUGUUGGAUCUGUGGAGAAGAGGGUCACUUUAAGAAUGCUUGUCCUAACAAGAACAAAGCUCAUUUCCGAGCUAAAGAAGUAGGCAGCAGCAAAGCAGAGAGCUCAAAUGGACAUGGUAAUGUAACUGAAGCUACCGGCUUGUAUGUGUCAGAAGCUCUAUCUUCUACAGACAUACGUCUUGAAGAAGAAUGGAUUUUGGACACCGGCUGCAGUUAUCACAUGACCUACAAGAAGGAAUGGUUUGAGGAGUUAAGAGAGGUUUCUGGAGGUUCUGUAAGGAUGGGAAAUCAGACGGUAGCCAAGGUCAGAGGAAUCGGUUCAAUCAGGUUGCAUAAUGAACAAGGUCUGAAGGUGCUUCUCACUAACGUGAGAUAUAUUCCGGAGAUGGACAGAAAUCUUUUGUCUCUGGGAACGUUUGAGAAAGCUGGCUACAAGUUUGAGUCAGAAAACGGAGUUUUGAGUGUCAAAGCAGGAGAGCAAAUCCUUUUGACAGGGAGAAGGUAUGACACUCUAUACUUACUGCAGUGGAAACCGAUCUCAGGAGAAUCACUUGCUGCUGUAAAGAAGCAAGAUGAUACAGUGAUGUGGCACAGGAGGUUAGGCCAUAUGAGUCAGAAGAAUAUGAGCAUCUUGGUUAAGAGAGGUUUCUUAGAUGGGAAGAAAGUCUCCACCUUUGAUACGUGUGAAGAUUGCAUCUAUGGAAGAGCUAAGAGAGUGGGGUUUACGUUAGCUCAACACGAUACCAAGGAGAAGCUUGAGUAUGUGCAUUCAGACUUAUGGGGAGCUCCAUCAGUGCCGUUUUCGCUUGGAAGAUGUCAGUAUUUCAUAUCCUUCAUCGAUGACUUCUCAAGAAAGGUUUGGGUUUAUUUCUUGAAGACAAAAGAUGAAGCUUUUGGGAAAUUUGUUGAUUGGGUUAAUCUGGUGGAGAAUCAAAGUGAGAAGAAGGUUAAGACUCUGAGAACUGACAACGGUCUUGAGUUCUGUAACAAUCUCUUUGAUGAUUUCUGCAAGGCAAGAGGGAUUCAACGGCACAGGACUUGUGCUUAUACUCCACAGCAAAAUGGAGUUGCAGAACGUAUGAAUCGUACCGUAAUGGAGAAAGUGAGGAGUAUGUUGUGUGAUUCAGGUCUCCCAAAACGCUUUUGGGCUGAAGUGACACACACUGCAGUGGUUAUUAUUAACAAGACUCCAUCAUCAGCUAUCAAUUUUGAUAGACCAGAUAAGAAAUGGUCUGGGAAACCACCUGUUUACAGUUACUUACGCAGGUUUGGUUGUGUUGUGUUUAUUCACACUGAUGAUGGGAAGUUAAGUCCGAGAGCUAAGAAAGGUGUUCUUUUGGGUUACCCUUCUGGAGUUAAAGGCUACAAGGUAUGGCUGCUUGAUGAAAAGAAAUGUGCAGUGGGGAGAAAUAUUAUUUUUCAAGAAAAUGCAGUCUACAAGGAUCUACUACAGAGAAGUGAUGGUGUUCUUACGGAAGAAGAAGAUCAAGGUGGAUCAUAUCUCGAUCUAGAUCUUGAAGCUGAGGGAGAUACCACUUCUGGUGGAGAUACUGAGACUGAAUCUCAGUCUCCUAUUCCUGCUAGUCCAACUCAAGUCUCACCUGCAACUCAUGGUGAUUCCAGCAAUGAAGAUUCUGAUGUAAAUCAAUCUCCAUUGAGCUACCAUCUUGUCAGAGACAGAGAUAGGAGAGAAAUAAAAGCUCCGAGAAGGUUUGAUGAUGAAGAUUACUUCGCAGAAGCUCUCUACACCACUGAAGAUGGAGACACCAUUGAACCUGCAGAUUUCAGUGAAGCAAAAAGAAAUGAAAACUGGGAUAAAUGGAGAUUAGUGAUGGAGGAAGAGAUGGAUUCUCAGACCAGAAACAACACAUGGACCAUUGUUGUUAGGCCAGAAAACCAGAGAGUUAUUGGAAGUAGAUGGAUAUACAAGUAUAAACUUGGUAUACCUGGAGUUGAGGAUCCACGUUUUAAAGCUAGGCUUGUGGCAAAAGGCUAUGCUCAAAAGGAAGGAGUUGAUUAUCAUGAGAUAUUUGCUCCAGUAGUAAAGCAUGUUUCCAUAAGGAUCUUGCUUACUAUUGUUGAACAAGAAGAUCUAGAGCUGGAGAAACUUGAUGUUAAAACAGCUUUCCUCCAUGGUGAUUUGAAGGAGAAGAUCUACAUGACUCCACCUGAAGGUUAUGAGUCGCUGUUCAAGGAAAAUGAGGUAUGUCUCCUCAACAAAGCACUCUAUGGUCUUAAGCAAGCACCUAGGCAGUGGAAUGAGAAGUUUGAUGACUACAUGUCUGAGAUUGGGUUCACGAGAAACGAUUAUGAUAGCUGCGCUUACACUAAGGUGCUGCUUGAUGGUACCAUGAUGUAUUUGUUGCUUUAUGUGGAUGAUAUGCUUGUGGCGGCUAAGAAUAUGGAGGCCAUAAAUCAGUUAAAGAAGGAGCUCAGUCUGCGGUUUGAAAUGAAGGAUCUAGGACCUGAAAAGAGGAUCCUUGGUAUGGAGAUAAUCCGAGACAGAGCAUCACAUGCUCUAUGGCUGUCACAAGAAGGAUACUUGAAUCGUAUUCUGGAGACAUACAACAUGACAGAAGCAAAGCACACAGUAACACCUCUUGGAGCUCAUCUAAGGCUCCGUGCUACUACAGAGAAACAAUUGGCUGAAGAUGAAGAGUAUAUGAAGUCAGUUCCAUAUGCUAAUGUCGUGGGGAGCAUUAUGUACGCUAUGAUUGGGACUCGUCCUGAUUUAGCUUAUCCUGUUGGUGUCAUUAGCAGAUUCAUGAGCCAGCCAAUCAGAGAUCACUGGCUUGGAGUUAAAUGGGUUCUGAGAUAUAUCAAGGGCUCUCUUACUACACGUCUCUGCUACAAGAAGAGUUCAGAUUUCAAGUUGGUUGGUUACUGUGAUGCAGAUUAUGCUGCAGACCCUGAUAAAAGAAGAUCUACAACGGGUUUGGUAUUCACUCUUGGUGGCAAUACUAUAAGCUGGAAGUCGGGAUUGCAGAGAGUAGUGGCUCUUUCUACUACUGAAUCUGAGUAUAUGUCCCUUACUGAAGCUGUUAAAGAAGCUCUGUGGCUGAAGGGUUUGUUAAAGGAUUUUGGGUAUGAGCAGAAAAGUGUGGAGAUCCAUUGUGAUUCUCAAAGUGCGAUUGCCCUCUCUAAAAAUAAUGUUCACCAUGAGAGGACCAAGCACAUCGAUGUGAGAUACCAUUUCAUCAGGGAAGCUAUUGCAGAUGGUUUGGUAGAAGUGGUGAAGAUAUCAACUGAGAAGAAUCCCGCCGAUAUAUUCACGAAGGUCUUGGCUGUGAGCAAGUUUCAGGCUGCAUUGAACUUGCUACAAGUCAAGUCUGAGUAG